AAGUUUGAAGAUCAAGUUCGCUAUCUAGAUGACCAAUUGUUAUUAUACACGUAUUAAUCAGCAAAUAUUCAAACGUAACAGAGCAGAUCAACUUGUAUCCCUUUUUAGGUAGCUAAUACUAUAGCCAGCUUUUCUAUGCAUAGUCGUUGGCUAAUGUGUCGAUGUUAACGUUAGCUAUUAUUACCACAGCACAGAUAGCGCAAGCUGACACGUGUCAUGUUAUGCUGAUUUGAUUGUGGUUCGUUACAGAUACCCCAUUUUUGGGUGUCUCGAGUUUUCUCUGCGGGCUCUACCCCUACCGUUAAGUCGGACUACUCUUUCGGCACCGUUGCAGUGCCGCUCGGUCUCCACUUUACUGCAACCUUACUGCUCAUCCACACAACACUUUAUUGCGUCUCUGUCUGGGCGACCAGCGGUGUGUUUAUGUCUUUGUUUUGCGAAAACGGUGAGUAUCCGGACGAAAGGAGCGACGGAUGGGAAAGAGCUGUUGCGCAGCUGUUGGAACCUGUGUGCGGGGAACUUAGCCUACAGGCGCGGCGCUUGCAGCCUCAGUGGCAAGACCUUUUUCAUGUCCGAGCCCGAACCCUCUUCCAGUCGUUUAUGUCAUCCCCUCUUCGCCAGACAGAGGAUACCAAAAAUUUGCAGUCCAAGAUCUUCCUAUCGUACUGAUAAAGCUCGCGGCCAGCCAUCAUGUCCGUUAACGUCAACCGCAGCGUGUUGGACCAGUUCUACCGCUACAAGAUGCCCCGUAUAAUCGCCAAGGUGGAAGGCAAGGGGAAUGGGAUAAAGACUGUCAUAGUCAACAUGACCGACGUUGCCAAGUCUCUGAAUAGGCCUCCCACGUAUCCCACCAAAUUUUUUGGCUGUGAGUUGGGUGCCCAGACCCAGUUUGAUGCCAAAAACGACCGCUUCAUUGUCAAUGGGUCCCACGAGGCGAACAAGCUGCAGGACAUGCUGGACGGAUUCAUCCGGAAGUUUGUGCUGUGUCCAGAGUGCGAAAAUCCCGAAACCGACCUGCACAUCAACGCCAAGAAACAAACCAUCGGGAACUCCUGCAAGGCCUGCGGCUACAGGGGCAUGCUGGACACACGACACAAGCUCUGCACGUUCAUCCUGAGGAACCCACCAGAGGACACUGGGUCUGCCAAGAAGAAGGAGAAGAAGAGCAAGAAGAAGGACAAGGAGAACGGCUCCAGUGAUGGCGAAGCCGCGAACCACAAUGACAUAGACGCCCCCGAUGCUGUGGACCGUGAUGACGACGACGAAGACUGGGCGGAGGAAACGACUGAGGAGGCCCAGCAGCGCAGGAUGGAGGAGAUCAGCGCGCACGCUAAGAACCUGACCCUCAGCGAGGACUUGGAGAAGCCCUUGGAGGAGAGGGUCAACCUCUUCUACAACUUUGUGAAGCAAAUGAAGGAGGACGGUGCCGUCAACAUUUCGGACAAGGAGAUCCUGGCCGAGGCGGAGCGUCUGGACGUGAAGGACACGGCCCCACUGAUCCUGACAGAGCUUUUAAUGGACGAGAACAUCCGCGAACAGAUCAAGAAGUACAAACGUCACUUCCUCAGAUUUACCCACAACAACAAGAAGGCCCAGAAGUACCUGCUGGGGGGCUUUGAGUGUCUGGUGAAGCUGCACCAGUCCGAGCUUCUGCCCCGCGUGCCCCUUGUCCUCAAAGACCUGUACGACGCCGACCUACUGGAGGAGGACGUCAUCCUGGCCUGGGCUGAGAAGGUGUCCAAGAAGUACGUGUCCAAGGAGCUGGCAAAAGAGAUCCAUGCCAAGGCAGCGCCCUUCAUCAAGUGGCUGAAGGAGGCGGAAGAGGAGAGCGAGGGCAGCGGGGCGGAUGAGGAGGAAGAUGAAGAUAACGUGGAGGUGGUCUACUCAGCCUCUGCCCGCAGGCUGAAAGUGGAGACUGAGAAGCCUGCAGAGGAAGAGGAUGACUUUGACAUCGACGCCAUCUAAAAACAAAACUUAACAAACCUCCACCGUCAUGGAACAUAAAUCCCUUGCAAGCGUGCUGACGAUCAUGCUGAAAAUAAUAACGGCAUGCCUUUGGUUCUGGUCGACCCACCCCCACCCACCUGCAGCUUUACGAGAUUAAUCUAUUUACUUUGUGCUUGUUUGAUCAAUCUCGCUAGAUGGAGUGAUGAGAUGUUUGUACAUGGAUGAAGAGUUUUUAUUUUUGGGUUGAUACUAGAGAAUUAAAUGCAAAUUCUGCAUUUGUUUUCUCCCUGAAAUAUUUUCCUCAGUUCAGAUGGUAAUGUUAUGAUCUCAAGUAGUAAAGUGUAACCUGUUUGGGACUUUCCUAGGUCAUGUGAGAAUGGAGAUGCCACGCUAAAAUGACUGGUGUAAAAUGUGCAACAAGCAACUCCUGUAUGGAUUUGCAACAGCCUUUGGUUAGAGAAAGACUUUGGGGUCAUUUUUGAUUUGGCACUAGGUUCUAAAUCUACAAGACUGACUUCACAUAAGUGCAUAAUCUGUGAUUUAACAGGGAACUCCAUCAGGAUGUACGGUGCCCAUAGAAUGUCUACGCCCCCCUUGAACUUUUUCACAUUUUGUGUUACGAAGUGGGAUUGAAAUAGAUUUAAUUGUAAUUUUUGUCAUUGAUCUACACAGUACUCUGUCAAAGUGCAAAGGGAAUUCUACAAAUGUUUACAAAUUUAAAUAAAAAAAAGUCAUUACACAAGUAUUCACCUCCUUUGUUUAGGGUAGCCUAAACUAGUUGACAUUUAAAUUUGGCUUAACAAAUCACAAUUGUUUGUGGACUUUGAAAUAAUAGGGGUUCACAUGAUUUAAAAAGAAAUUUCCCCAUUCCUUUGUCCCAUACAUUCAACAUCUGAGGUCCCUCAGUCAAGUAUUGAAUUUCAAGCACAGAUUUAACUACAAAGGCCAGGGAGCUUUUUGAAAGCCUCGUAAAGAAGGGCAGUGAUUUGGUAGAUGGGUAACAAUAACCAAUCAGACAUUGAAUAUAUCUUUAAGCAUGGUCAAGUUAAUAAUGCUGUGGAUGAUGUUUUAAACCACAGAGAUGCAGUCCUUCUGAACUGAGCUGCUUUGGGGUGUAACCACGAGGCCAUUGGUGAUUUUAAAACGGCUACAGAGUUCAAU